AUGAACUUAGUACCGGCGACUUGCAUUGAAUUAUUCAUCGGCGGAAGUAAAAAAAGAAAAAUAUCGGUAAGACAGCGAUCCGAAUGGCCUUUUAAAUAUUCAUAAAACGCGAGCCAUAUGAUGCAGAUUACAGAAGUCAAUGUUGCUUUAAUUCAACACACCGCCGAAAUUUGCUAUAGACCACGGCUUCUCAAACUUUUUCACUUGGCCAGUCAGCCGUUUCACCCGAGCAAAUAUUUUCGCGACCCUGGGUAUAUAGAGGUCUGUAAACUAGAAAAUAACGAAUUAAAACAUUUGCUGAUAAUGAAUCAUAAGGAAAAUUUAUUCGAAAAUAAGUCUUUGGUGUACAUAUAAUUUUAUCAUGUAUUAAAGACAUAGCUAAAUGUUCAUAUUAAUUUUUUAGUUUUGCUAAAAUUUCUGCGACCCUCCCUAUAUAGUAGCCUGUUAUUUCUGAAUAUAGUUAAAGAAGUGUCCUCUAGAUUGCGGUAUUGAAACUAUUGUCUCACUGCAAUGAGUACAAUGGCUUCUGUUUUGUUUUCCCUUUUUGUUAAAAGAUUUAAUUCGUCUUAUGAAUAUGACUCUUAAUGUGUAGAAUUUUAAUAGCAGGAGCCGCAUUUGUUGAUCAAUUCCUAAAUAUGCAACAUUCUUUUAGAAAACAAAGCAUAGAUAUACACUGGGAAGGUCAAAUGUUUCAAAACCUUGCGACACUUAACCUUUUUAGUAAAAUGAUUGUCAUUUAUAAUAUGUAUGUGGUCUCUGUGUAUGUGCGUGUGUAUGUGAGAGAGAAUUAAUUUUAUCGAUAUAGGUAUUAACAUUCGUCGCGAUAGACCGUAUUAUCUUUCUUUUUUUUCUUUCAGAGUGAAAAUUUCGUUCUCUGUCAGAGAUCUCCUGAGUUGAAAAAUCGUGUGAUCCUUCUUUUUGUAGAUUAUAUCGUCAAUCCGUAUCAUAUUCCCUGUCCGAAGUACGACGAAGCUUACAAAGAAUCUUUGGAGAAUCCUGAAAGAUUUUGGGGCGAAGUCGCGCACUGUAUAGAUUGGAGUAAACCCUGGGAGAAAGUGCUGGAUAAUACUAAACAACCAUUUACAAAAUGGUUCGUUGGUGGAGAAUUGAAUGCAUGUUACAAUGCGAUAGACAGACACGUUCUUGCUGGAAAUGGACACAAAGUGGCAUUGAUUCACGACAGCCCUCAAAUAUCAACGAUCCGGAAAGUAACCUACAACGAACUUUUAGACAAAACAUCUUUGCUGGCUGGUGCGUUAGCUGAAAUGGGCGUAAACAAAGGCGACGUAGUGAUUAUCUACAUGCCGUUAAUCCCUGAGACCAUAAUGGCGAUUUUGGCGACCACGCGGCUCGGUGCAAUUCACUCCGUCGUGUUUGGCGAUACACCGACAUGUUAAACGGCGCUAUGAAGAUUAUCACCGUGAAAAAACCGCGGUGCAUCGUAUUUCAAAGGAGAAACAUCUGGGAGAGCCCUCUUUUAGAAGAUCAAGUCGAUUGGGAUGACGUGAUGAAAAGGUCGAAGCCUCAUCCGUGUCAGCCGGUUGAGGCUAACGCUCCUUUAUAUAUUUUGUAUACCUCGGGAACAACAGGAAAAGGAACCGUUAAAUCAAAUUAUCUUACCGAAGGUCAACCGAAGGGAAUUUUAAGAACAGUCGGUGGUCACUUGGUUUCUGUUUGUUGGACAAUGAAGACGGUGUACAAUAUGGACAAGGAUUCCAUCUGGUGGGUAGCUUCGGAUAUGGGCUGGGUGGUCGGACACUCUUACAUUUGCUAUGGACCUUUGCUCUACGGUGCCACCAGCGUAAUGUACGAAGGGAAACCCGAUAGGACACCCGACGCAGCGCAAUACUUUAGGCUGAUCGAUCAACACCGCGUGAACGCGUUGUUUUGCGUACCGACUGCCCUCCGCGUUAUAAGACGCGCCGAUCCGGAGCUAUUGCUGGGUCGAAAAUACUCGAUGAAGUCGUAUAAAACUGUCAAAGAAAUUUCAAAUCGCAAACACGCGUUUGCUUUUCGUAGUUUGAAAGCCGUAUACGUCGCUGGAGAAUUUUGCGAUUACGAGACGAAAAUUUGGGCGGAAAAGGCGUUCAAAGUACCGAUUCUGAACAACUGGUGGCAGUCGGAAACGGGGCAUCCUAUUACGGCGUUGUGUCUAGGAUACGGGCACAAUCCUAGCUUACCGAAAUACAGCACCGGUCUACCGAUCCCCGGUUAUCGCAUUGACGUACUACGAGAAAACAACAGCGAGGCGGAGGCUCAUGAAUUAGGUAGAAUCGCAAUAAAGUUACCGCUACCGCCCGGCUGCCUGUCGACUCUCUAUCAAAAUGACGACAGAUUCAAGGAAAUAUACUUUUCCACGUAUCCAGGUUACUACGAUACCAUGGACGUUGGCUACAAAGAUGAAUUCGGGUAUGUUUACGUGAUGGCGCGCGACGAUGAUGUUAUCAAUGUCGCCGGUCACAGAUUGUCCACGUCCGCCCUGGAAGACGUCGUGCUGGCCCAUCCUGACGUCGUGGACGCCGCCGUAAUCGGCGUUCCAGAUCCGACCAAAGGAGAAAUUCCUUUGUGUCUUUACAUAAUGAAACAGGUGAGAACCCUGAUCGGUCCUAUAGCAUCGUUUAGAAUAGCAGCAGCUGUGAAAGCAUUACCUCGGACACGUUCAGGAAAGAUAAUCCGCAAAUCUAUCGCUAACUUGGCUCGAUCCAUGCUAAUUAAGGUAAGGAAUUGUUUGUUGUGUAAGAAUAUUGACAAAUUGACAAAUUAAACACACACGCUGAAAGAUGAACUUUCCAUUUUCGUACGGGGAGUAAGAGUACAAACUAUUUGUUGCCAUUUUUCAAGAGAACUAUAGGUUGCGACCUAUAAUUCCUGGAAAAAGUUUCACCUCCGUGACGGGUAGAAUACAAUACAAACAAAAAAAAUUAUGACCUUGAAAUUCAAAUUCAAAGUUCAACUUCGUGACACGUUCCUUAUACGUUUCGAAUCAAAUCGAAGAUGUUGAAUUCAUCUAUGAUAGUACAAAAUUUUUUUUCCACUCUACACAUUAUUUAUUCAUUCUGCCAACGUAAAAUAUUCGUUCUUUCACUUUCAGAUUUCGAGCGCGGUAGAGGAUGCAUCGGUAUACGUUGAAAUUAAAGAAGUACUUCAGAAACUUGGUUACGCUAAAUUAGCGCCAAAUCCUCAAUGA